AUGAACGUGCUGAAGGAUGUUGCCACUGGCGUUGGGCUUGUGCUUGCCACGCCCGUGCACAUGCUGGGACGCCUGGUCUCCAACGUCUGGUGGCCACUGAAGGGCGUGAAGGACGAGAUUGUGCUAAUCACCGGUGGCGGCAGCGGCAUUGGCAAGGGCAUGGCCCUCAAGUUUGCAGACCUGGGUGCCACGGUCGUCAUCUGGGACGUCAAUAAGAAGGGCGCUGAUGCCGUGGUUGCUGAGAUUCGUGAAAAGCACGGGCAAGACCGCGCGCAUGCGUAUGCGAUCGACAUCACUGAUCGUGAGAAGGUGUACGCCCUCGCCAAGCAAGUCAAGCGGGAGGUUGGUGCCGUGACCAUCCUGGUCAACAAUGCUGGCAUUGUGACCGGAAAGCCGUUCCUGGAGGCGGACGACAGUAAGAUGGUCAAGACCAUGGAGGUCAACACAAUCGCCCACUUCUGGACCACAAAGGCCUUUCUCCCAGACAUGCUCGAGAAGAAUCACGGCCACAUCGUCACUGUCGCCAGUUCCGCCGGCAAGGUUGGCGUUGCGUCGCUCGCUGACUACUGCGCAUCCAAAUUCGGUGCAGUCGGCUUUGACGAGAGCAUCAGGUUUGAGCUUCGCAAGAUGGGCAAGACCGGUGUGCACACGACGUGCGUGUGUCCGUUCUUCAUCGACACGGGCAUGUUCGAGGGAGCAAAGACAAAGGUGCCGUGGCUGCUGCCCAUUCUGAAACCGGAGCUCGUUGUCGAUCGCACCAUUCGCGCAAUUCGCAUGAACCAGGCGACGGUUGCCAUCCCGCGGUUCCUGUACUUUGGACAGUUCCUGCAGGGCAUUCUGCCCCCAAGCAUCUCGGAUGCCAUUGUCGACCUCUUUGGCGCAAAUGAUUCCAUGGACGACUUUAUUGGCCGCACCAAGAAGGACUGA